AGUCCGCUUCCCAGUGCCCGCGCUCAGAGCGGUCUUUUUCUAGGGCUUGGGGCGCGGGCAGUUGAAAGCCCUGAGGCCUGAGGAUCGGGGCGGUCACCGGCAGCGAAGGACUUACAUCAGAAUCGAGCUUUGUGGACCCCCCUGGUUAUGACCUCUUACUGCGGAUGCCAGACAACAGGUUUUGGACCUAGAGAGCGGCAGAAUUCCGGAAGACUGGUCCCUCCAGCCUGCCAGGUCCACCUCUGCUUGUUUUCUUUCCCGAUGGCCGGCGUGCUGUCGGGCCGAACCGGAUGUGGAGUCCGAACUUCCCAUCAUGCUCCGCAGGGCGCCCAUUCUAACCGCAGGGAGAAGAGGGAGUAGGUGGUGAUGGCGGCGGCGGAGCCGAAAGUGCUGUCCCCUGCUGCAGUCCCUGGGCGCCCAUUCUAACCGCAGGGAGAAGAGGGAGUAGGUGGUGAUGGCGGCGGCAGAGCCGAAAGUGCUAUCUCCUGCUGCAGUCCCUGUAGAUUUGGAGUGGUAUGAGAAGUCGGAAGAAACCAACGCCACUCAGAUAGAUCUACUUGAGACCACCUCUGCCCAGGAACCUUCCAACCCUUCGGAGGCCUUUUGCUCCAGAGACUGCUUGGUACCAGUGGUGUUUCCUGGGCCUGUAAGCCAGGAAGGGUGCUGUCGGUUUACUUGUGAACUUUUAAAGCAUAUCAUGUACCAACGCCAGCAACUCCCUCUGCCCUAUGAACAGCUUAAACACUUCUACCGAAAACCUUCUCCCCAGGCAGAGAAUGCAGUGAGGAAGAAACCUCGAGUCACCACUGAGGCAAGCAACAGGAAAUGCCAACAAGCACUGGCGGAACUGGAGAGUGUCCUCAGCCAUUUAGAAGAACUCUUUGCCCGGACACUAGUACCACGGGUGCUGAUCCUCCUCGGGGGCAGUGCCCUAAGCCCCAAGGAGUUCUAUGAACUUGACCUGUCCAGGCUGGUCCCCUUCAGCAUGGACCAGAACCUGAGCACAGCUGCUUGUUUGCGCCGUCUCUUCCGGGCCAUUUUCAUGGCUGAUGCCUUUAGUGAGCUACAGGCUCCUCCACUCAUGGGCACCAUUGUUAUGGCACAGGGGCACCGUGACUGCGGAGAAGAUUGGUUUCGACCCAAGCUCAAUUACCGAGUGCCUAGUCGCGGCCACAAACUCACUGUGACCCUGUCCUGUGGCAGACCUUCUAUUCCAGCCCUGGAUUCAGAGGAUUACAUUUGGUUCCAGGCACCAGUGACACUUAAGGGCUUCCACGAUUGAACCGAGGGUGUUUCUUAACUCUAAAAACAUAAUGGCUAAAUUAUCUUUCUCCCUGUGGCACCUUGUCAUGCAUCUCUUGCUUGGAGCUGGAAUUGCUUCCUGGUGAGAGAAGAAGGCUCUGUCCUCCUGGCUGUUUGCCUCCCCUCAGACUUCCUGGUGGGCUGAUGGUGUGUGGCUGUGACCGAAAUAAUCAUUAUUGAGCAACAAUUCCGAAUCAAAGAUUGAUUUUCCCAGAGGGUGCUGGGUCAGGUGUUCCUAUUUAGGAUUGGAAAGCAAAGAUGGGUUCAUAAACAGAUUCUCCUAUGGGGGUACCCCUUUUUUGCUUUUGAUCUUUUCUUUCAGAGUUUCUACCAGAGUCAUAAAGUGUGUGUGACUUAUGAAUUUAAAUAUAAAAUAAAUAAUCAUUAAAUUUUCCUGAAA